CUCCUCAGAGUGUUCUCCUGUAAGGGUAAACGCGCUGCUUUCAGGAUUUCAUUGCGCUGUGGGUACGCUGCCCGCCCUGUAGGGCUGCCAGGAGCCGCGGGGUGGGCAGUGCGCGCCCCGUGCCUGCAGCUUCCCCGGGGCCGGCGGGCACAACUGCGCUGACAGCGGCUGGAGGAGCCUCGGCAGCCACAGAACAUCCAUCCAGCGCGGCUCCGGCAGCCCUACAUGCCGCCGGGUGCUCCCCCCGGGCUGGGGACGGCCGCGGGCCCCCCGAGGAGCAGCACCCUGGUGUUGGUGUUGGUGGCGGUGCUGGGAGCCCGACCCGAGGCGGCGAGGAGCGUCCCCAGGCAGCGGCGAUACGAGCAUAGCCCAGGUCCCAGCAGCUUGUGGUGGGAUGUGGAACAUGAAGAACUGCUGCACAGCCAAAGCACCCUGCCUGGGACUGUAGGACCACAUAGACUCAGCCCCUUCCUCCGUCCCAAUACCAGCAGAAGUUCCCUAAGUCAAAACCUGGGCCAGAAGUCACAAGAGAAGCAGUUGUCCUGUGAUGUGCUCCUCAAACUUUCCAGAUAUAUUUCAGUGGAUACCUUUGGACCUGGCUUGGCCUGGAACCUCUUUCGGUUGUACAACUGUGACCGCGAUGCCAAGCUACCCAAAAUACCCCAAAUGUACGUCAGUCCCCUCAAGAUGGCGCGGCACAAGCUGAGGCCUUUCUUGCUGCACAGGAUGCUGCGGCUGCUGGGGAACAUGGGCGUGCUCACUGAGGGCCAGCAGCACAAGGUCUUCACUCUGCUUAAGGAGCACAUGCUGAAAGCAAGGAAGAUACCACCAAAGCCCAAAGCAGAGCACAGUGGUAGGUACCCACAGCGGUGUGUUUUUUGAUCCUGUGUUGCACCAAUGAGUGAGGUGGGGCUGCUCUGGUUUGCAGGCCCCAGCGCUUGGCUGAGCCAUGGCCCAGGUUAAUAGGUUGCCCAUAGAGGUGGUGGGUGUCCCAUCCCUGCAGACACUCCAGGUCAGACUGAAUGGGGCUCUGAGCACCUGAUCAGCUGUAGGUGUCCCUGUUCAGUGCAAGCCCCCAACUGGAGCCUUGAAGGGUCCCUUUCAACUCAAAUGAUUCUGAUUCUCUGGCAAGGGCUGAAGGUGCUCCAGUGGUGAGGUAUUAGGAGGGCAAAGUGCCAUGGGUCAGUUGUGAGCUGUGUUUGUGCUGUCUGCGAGUGCUAAAAGCCAUGCUGUGGUGACUUCCCCAGCUCAGUGUGGCUGCCAGGCCCACAGCAGCCUGAAUGCAUCCCUGAUGCACAUGUUUGGAGUGUGCUGCUCCCAGCACCUAGGGCACAGCUAGGCUAGCACUUCCUGCUUCCUUGUUGAGGUGAAGGACUAAAAGGAUCUGGAGGUGCUGGUUUACAGCCAGCUGAACAUGAGCCAGCAGUGAGCCCAGGUGGCCAAGAAGGCCAAUGGCUUCUAUCAGAAAUAGUGCAGCCAGCAGGAGCAGGGAACGGUGUCUAGAGCAUGUCCUGUGGGUAAUGGUUGAGGGAACAGGGAUGGUUCAGUCUGGAGGAGGUGCAGAGGAGACCUUAUCACUCCCUGGAAGGAGGUUGUGGUGAGG